AGCUUGACGUGGUUCUAUUUCUGAAAGAAAAAAGUAAAUUGUAAAUUAAACGAAAAAUGGUGGAAACAACCGCUGUCGUUCAAAAGUUCUACAACGAUUAUGUACAACACACGCCCAAAAAGUUAAAGUUGGUGGACAUUUAUUUGGGCUACAUAUUGCUGACCGGCAUCAUACAGUUUGUUUACUGCUGUCUUGUGGGCACCUUUCCCUUCAACUCUUUCCUCUCUGGCUUCAUCAGCACCGUGAGUUGCUUUGUGCUGGGCGUGUGCCUUCGAUUGCAAGCGAAUCCACAAAACAAGACCGUCUUCGCGGGAAUCUCACCGGAACGCGGCUUUGCUGAUUUCAUAUUCGCCCAUGUAAUACUACACUUAGUCGUAAUGAACUUCAUAGGCUAAGCAGAGAAAGCUCGCUCUAUUGGGCAUGUAUUUGCAUUGAUCUAAUGUUUAAUUAAAAUAAAAUUUGUACCAGCUA